AAGUCAUUUAUGAACAAGUUAAACAAAAUUUAUAGGUUCAGGGUUUUUUUUAAAAAAGCUCACAUUCGAGAUUUCUGGGUUUUGGAGGUAUUUCAAAUUAGAAAAACAAAAUGUUGAUAAAUCUGCCCUUUACCAUGUUUAUGUGUCAGUGUUUGAGGAUUUUCUUUGGGGUGGGUGAUAUAACUGGCAAUGCAAUUUGCUUACUUUGCAUUUAAGAGAUAUUUGCAGUUGUUUUAUCAUCCCCUGCUGUCACGUGUCACCAUAUUACAUAGUUGCUUAAAUGCAUACAAUCCGCAGCCCAAGAAUCAGCCUGUUGUGGUUUAUUAUAAGUGUGUAAGACAACAUCCCUGGUGAUGUUGCCCAUAGAAACCAAUCAGCCAUUAGAUUUGAACAGUCACCUACACAUUUGAAAACAAAAGCAAAGAUGUGAAGGUUGUCCUAUAGGAUCUCUCCAAGUACCUUUUGAAAUAUACCUAUUAUCAGUGAUGAAAACAAGUUCUUAUAAAAGCUGUAGCAGAUGAGGACUAACUGAAGUUCUUUGUAACACAUUUCAGUUAUUGUUCUGUGCUGCUGAAAUCGUCCAGCAAGACUGGACAAUGUAUUUUUGUUACACAAAUGAAAAAAUCAUAAUAAAGUUCUGGUCUGUAAAAUUACCAAUCAACUCCUUGGUAUACGAGAUCCGAUACUGAGUGAAUAUGAUAAGAAGGCUCAUUUUAAAAGCUCUCGGCCUCAUGAAAGUACAAGCUUGCGAAACAUCUCUUUAUUCACUUCCCUGUUUUCAGUCUUUCCCCUAGGAAAUUGCAGGUUUCCUGUACACUGCCCCUUACACACCCUUCUGCCUGCUGAGAGUUUAUCUGAAAGAUCAGCAGCAUGCACAUAGAGUAUAGAUCUGGCACAAUCACUCCCUGCUUGGACUUCUUGCAGACUCAUUAGCCAAGACAAGUGCAAAACGGGAAUACAAUGUCUUCAGAGACAACUACAAACUACCUAAGUAAAACAGAUCCUUGUAAUGUGGAUUCCACGUUCAGAUACUCCCUCUUCACCGUGACCUAUAGCAUCAUUUUUGUCUUCGGAUUCAUUGCCAACUGUUAUGUCUUGUGGAUAUUUGGCAAAGUUUACCCUGCCAAGAAUCUCAGUGAAAUUAAAAUUUUUAUGAUCAAUUUGACAGUUGCAGACUUGCUGUUUUUAGUAACGCUUCCACUCUGGAUUGUUUAUUACCAUUACGGAGGAGACUGGUUUAUGCCUUCCUUUCUGUGCAAUGUGGCAGGCUGCUUUUUUUUCCUCAACACAUAUUGUUCAGUGGCAUUUCUAGGAGUCAUAAGCUAUAACCGAUUCCAGGCUGUAACACGUCCAGUAGAAACUGCUCAGUCCACAGCAAGAAUAAGAGGCAUCUGUAUCUCAGCAGCUGUAUGGAUCCUUUUGUUUGCCAGCUCACUGUAUUUUCUUAUUUUUCCUGGCACUAAUGAAGUAAACAUUAAUGGUCAAAACUACACCCGAUGUUUUGAAGGAUACAGCAUUGACAACAGGGAACCAGUGGCUGUUAUCCAUUUUAUUCUGGUUGGGGCAUUUUUUGUUGUGUUUCUAAUCAUAUUAACCUGCAAUCUGGUGAUUGCCAGAACAUUACUUACCCAGCCAGUGAAGUCGAGGAAAAGUUCAGAUAUGAAACAUAGAGCUUUGUGGAUGGUGGUCACUGUACUGGCUGUCUUUGUCAUAUGUUUUGUACCCCACCAUAUUGUAGAUGGUCCUUGGACUCUGACAGUAUUGAGAAUGUGGCAUGAAAGAGAUUGUGAGUUUCGCUUGACACUGAACAAUGCGCAUCAAAUAACACUGUGCCUUAUGAGCACCAACUGUAUGCUGGACCCUAUCAUCUACUGUUUCCUCACAAAGAAGUUCAGGAAACAUCUCAGUGAGCGAAUUCAGAACAUUAAAAGCAGCCGAACAACCAUUCCACCUGUGAACCAAGAUCCUCAACUAAUGAAUUUGGCAACCUGAAUGCUGGAAUCAGAAAAUCCUGAAAUUAGAUGACAAGUCUAAUUCUAUAGACUAUAUGCACUUUUCAAAGUUAAUUUAUUUGCCAGGCUUUAAGGAUAUCUAUCCCUGAGUACAGGUGAGUCAGUCAGCAUACUACUCCAUUGAUUGGUUCACCUGUCCACAAACAGAAUUAAAACAAUGAGCUACUACUUGGUUCAUGUCUCCAUAUACAAGAUGAUUAAAAUGAAUCACUGGUUUAUUUACAUACAAGAAUAAAAUUGUGGGGCAUUAAUUUGUCUACCAAUCUACAUAUGUGAUUAAAAUAUUGAGUCAUUCAUUAGUUCAGCUACCUGUACUGCACAAUAAAAAUAAUAAGCCCCUUAUAGUUAUCUUAAUUUUAGAUUAAACUAAGGAACCACUGGUUACUGGUCACAAGCAAGACAACGUAACUCACAAGCUCUCAAAUGACAGGCCACAAAAAAUGUCAUGUGUAUGUAUCAAUCUUAACUAUUUAUUUCCCAACCUACUAUGUCUGUAUUAUAUUGUUAUGAUAUAGUUUAUAAUGUUUCAUGGCAGGGAUGUUAAACUCAUGUCCUUCUAAGCUAUUUUGGACUACAUCUCUCAGGAUGAUUCACCAGCUUUGUGUCUGUUGGGUAAGCUUGGAGAUUUCAUUCACAGCAUUCGGGGCAGUAAAUUUGACAACACAGCACUACUGCAUCAUAGGAAACAUAAACUCCAAACAUGUAUUGACAUUAACUUACUCACAGUGAUCCUCAAAGCACUUUUGCAUUUUACACUAAUUUCAUAUUUUAAGUAGUUUCUGAAAUCACAAUUCACUUUAAAGGCCCGGAGUAUCAACAAACCUAAAUGCAUUUUCUAUGCACUGUAUUCAGUUAACCCUAGCAUCACUCACUCUCAAUUUAGCCAGUCACCUGCUUUUAGCAAUCUAUACAUGCAAAUAUCUUCUAACAAUAGAAAAUGAAUGUGUAUUGCAAAAGUGCUCAGGGAAGAACUCUGGGUUUCAAUCCCCUUUAAGUGUUUUCUAUUAAAUUCAUAGUACUAGGCUAGUAAGUGUGUUCAUUAAGGUUCAAAUGACCAGGUCCCAAGCAUUCCAGUACAGGUAUGUUAUAAGGAAGGAAAAGCAUUAUGCAGAAAAUGACUGAAUUACAGGAAGCCCAUCUCCCAUAGAAUACGCCCGUGUGGCAUUAGCUUUAGACUCGCACUUGCGGAUCUGACCAGGAAAGAUUUAUAUGGCUGGUCAUGAGUUGGCAUUACAGGUUGCAUGCCAAUUUGUAUCCAGUCUUCCUAAAUUUAGAUAUCAACCAUGUUGCUCAGGGACCUAAUAUGCAGCUCAUCCAGUGUCCAGCCCCAGGAUUUGUAAGCUGCUGAAAAACUGAAACAAGAUAAAAGUGAGAGAAUGGCAGCAAGUGUUGUCAGUCAAUUGCUUUACCCAGAAUGCUGAAGAACAGAACAUGAUGUUAAACAUAUAAUGUAUCCUCUAUAUUUAAUGGGACAUUUUGGACUAUGGCAUAAGGUGUUGAUUGCUACCACUACGCACUGAAAAAAGAAGGUAAUAAUCCUAAGGAUCAUUGGCAGAAGUAUCAAUUGCAAGUCAAUUCAAACCCAAACACUUUUAUGCACUUUGUUAGUAUAUGUGAAUGUUUUAAACUUUAGUACAGACACGAAGGAAAUGUACGCUUUUUUUCAUUUAUAAAAUAAACAUAAUUUCCUAAUGAA